AUGAAGGAGAAGAAAGCUUUGAAGAAAUCUGGCGAUACUCCUCAAGAAGCCGAAAGCACCAAGAAUAAUGACCACCGCCAAACCGAAAGCAAGAGCAAGCAGCUCCAGCACACGGGCAAGAAGGCUGCACCAUCUCACGCUCGUCAAACUGUUCACAGAUCGUCUGCACAUGAGACACCAGUCACUCAGCAGAAUUCCAUGGUUCAAUCUAAUGCUGCUGCUUUUGAUCAGCAUGGCCAGGGUCACUUCGUGCCGCCAAUGGGCUCAGGCUUCUACCCUCCUCCACCCCAAUCCUUCCACCACUCUCUGCCUCAUCCACCACAACAAUAUGUUCCUCCGCCACAACCAUACCUUCCUCCACUGCAACUAUACAUUCCUCCGUCACAAAUGUUCAAGCAGGGUAACUUCCAGACCGCCGCUCUCGCUGUUCUAGAGCAAACCAAUGUUGUGCGCUGGAGGUUCAAGCAGGGUAACUUUCAGAUCGCCGCUCUCGCUGUUCUAGAGCAUGGCGUUUCUGUCACACUGGUCCACUGGCUGGGCCUUAAAAAGAUGCAAGGCUUGGUUGCCAAUGCUGGCAACUAUCAGUUCAAGAACACCACGGUCAAGGCAAUGGGAAACAUUGCUUGUGCACGCUCACCACUCGGCACGUUUCCAGUCGACAGCACAUCACUUUCUCAUAGUCUGACUACUGUUGGCGACAACAUGGCACAUUCUGCUGUUCCGCAUUCUCCCUCAUCUGGUGAUUCAAUCAAUGAGCCAAUUACCACUGGUAUACAUCGCCAAAGGACAUAUUCUGCGGCUGGCCAUGAUGACCCAACAAUCCUUAUGCCCUCACGCAUGAAAUGGCUCAAAAUAUAUGCUGAGAAGGCAGCUGAGAACGAUGUCUCAGAAAAGGGUCUCAAUGACUUUAUUGAUACCGGAGGAAUAUAUUACAUGCUUAUCGACCUCAAAGUGUGUAUGAUGAAGUUUGAUGUAGCCCAAAGAGCUGCCAUUCUCCUUGAUUUGAAAGAGUUGAUAAACUCCAAAGAUUUCAAAUCUGCACUCCAAAAUCGUUUGAUAGCAUGUCUACUGUCACCAAACAUUACCGCGUACAUGGAGGACACACUUCCCCACAUCAUGAAUUUCAUCAAGAACAACAGUGGUAUAUUCAAAGUUCCACUGUCACUGUUCAAAGACGUCAAACUGACUGCAAUACUUGCAAAAACUGUCAGUGAGCUGCUUUCAUCAAUUCGCGGUAACAUGAAGAGCAAGUUGCUCGCGUCUAUCUGCAAACGCAUGAGCAUUACGGACACGGCAAAAUCACUUGCGCAUGGCUCCAUCGAGGUUGACUCCGCUCAUUGGAAUAGGCUUGCAUUUUUGCGGCGCUGCUUGCGCGUCUUUAUGAUUGGUAUCAGCAACUACAGGACCAUUCCACUCAAGGCCCUUUAUUCGCCUUCUCUUAUUCCAUCUCUCCACACUGCUGUCCGUGCCAGAAUUGGACCGAAGCUCAGCAUCGACAUUAAUGGCAUCGAGGAUGAGAUGCUAGGCAGAGAAGAAGAAAUUUCAGAUAAUCAGGACGAUGAAGGCUUGGAAAUGCACAAUGCAGGAGCUCCCAGUGGAGACUCGUCAAAGACUGAUGGUGCAGAGGGGUUGGAGGAGAAUUCAGGUAACGAUGGGGAUGCAGACCAGGAUAAUGAGCCUGAGGAUAACGAGGUGCCUGAUACCACCCCACAUAACCGAGUUAUUGCUGAGGACGACUCUGGCUUUGGGGACAAUGGCAAGCCCGCCAUUUUCACUUCAGGAAGAUUUUGGAAUUUUGUUGAUACCUCGCUCAAGAACAUUCACAAGGUUGCCAAGCAGGAGGCGGCGGACAAUCAAACAACACUUGAAACCGCAUUUCGGCAAAUGCUUGUAGAAUAUUUCCAGGAAGACCUCGCUGAUUUUCCCAGUAAAAUGACCAUUCCUAGGCUCCUCACAAACAGUAGUCCCCAGUGGCAGACCACUAUUCAGAACAACCUCCUGUGGACUGACAAUAAGUGA